AUGAAUUUAUAAUAAUAAGAAAGACAAAGAGUCACUGACAGUUUAAGUUAAAUAUCUUAAUUGAGCACUAGAGCACCUACAAUAAUAAAUCAGCAGCAGGAGUCAUUGCCAUUUAUAUCGUAUACAACUGAGAAUGUUGACAGAUAAUAAAAACAAUAGGAAGAAAAUGAAAGAAAAUAGAAACUAAUGGCAGAAGCACGUAAAUUGAUGGUGCCCACUCAGGAAAAUGAAAUAAAGUCAUAAUUAAGAUAAUUAGGGUAGCCAGUAACUUAUUUUGGUGAAAGUGCUGCUGAUAGGAGGUAGCGACUUCGCUCAUUGUUAACAGAACACUUGAUGUAAUAUGGGAGAUUGCCUUAGUUUUUUAAGCAAUAGAACAAUCAUAAUAUGGGUAAUUUAGAGAAUGAAUACUUCUUAUAUGAAGGGGUUGAAUAAUUGAGGGCUGCUAGAAUAGAAAUAGCCAAGCUAUCACUUCACAAUGCAGCACUAAGAGUUGAGAAACAGAGACUAAGAAGAUUGACUGUUGAUGCUUUGUAAGAGGAUUAAGAAGUGUUGGAGGAGAUGUAGAAAGUAAACCAUUUUGCAAUUUAAAUGUCUUAAUUUGGUGAUUCUUCAGGAAUUUCUAGAUCAACCAUUAGUUCUGAUCAAAAGUACCUUGCAACUGCUGGUGGAUCUGGAGAAUGUAAAUUGUGGGACAUAGAAACCGCCACACUAAAGUCAAGUUUUUUGGGACAUUUAACAAAGUGUCAUUCUAUAGCAUUUCAUCCUUAAUCAUUAUUGACAUUAUCUCCGUAAUCUUUUGCCAAUGUUGCUACUGCAUCAGCUGAUUUAUCUAUUAGAUUAUGGACAUUGGAUUUGGAUUAGUAAGAGAUAGAGAAUUUGGGAAUGUUGUAAAAAUCAAUUGUAUUGAAAGGUCAUGAAGACAGGAUAAACAAAGUAAUAUUUCAUUAGGACGGUAAAAGAUUGAUAAGUAUGGGUUUUGAUAAGACAUGGAGAUUAUGGGAUAUCGAAACGUAAACUGAGUUAAUGGUCUAGACUGGACAUUCCAGGGCAAUCUAUUCUGGAGCCUUGCAUCCGGAUGGUUCCUUAUUAUUCACAGGGGAUUUGGGAGGAUUUGGAUAGGCAUGGGAUUUGAGAAUAGGCAAAGGCAUUUUGCCAUUUGUUGGUCAUGUCAAAGGAAUCUUAGCUAGUGAUUUCAGUACGAACGGUUAUCAUCUAGCAACUGGUGGAGAUGAUAAUUUCAUAAGGGUUUGGGAUAUAAGAAGAAGAAAUGUGAUAGAAAAGAUACCUGCACAUAUUAAAUUGGUGAGCGAUCUAAAAUUUUAGCCAAUUUAUAGUAAAUUUUUAAUUAGUUCUUCUUAUGAUGGGAACAUAAAAUUUUGGAAUUCUAGGGAUUGGAGUUUGCAUUCUGUUUAUGAGAUAUCGGAUACAAAAGUAAGAAGUGUUGAGUAUAUAUUUUAGCACACAUCGGUUUGUAUAACGAAUGAUAUAAAGACGAUGAUAUCCACAGGGUUGGACAGGAAAUUCGUAAUUUGGUAAUGA